UGGAAAUAGAAAGGGGAACAACCAAAGGAAAAAACCCCACUCGCCACUCUCCUCCAGUCUCUCCACGAGCGCCCACAGACCAUGGAGAUUCCACUGAGCACUUCUCUACUGUCCUAGGAGACGAUUUGGUCGGAGACGGAGCAGAGCGCAACCAUGGUGGCGAUUCUUGGGCAGCAGAAGAAUCAGCGGAGGCACACCCGCCUCUCCCCAUCCCCCUUCCCCCGGUCACCUCUCACCUGAUAAAAUCUUAUUAGUUCCUCCACAAUAUCCUUAGCUCUCGGAUCAUACCCCCUCUUUUUCCUUGGCGACUCUGAGUCUGAGAACAAGGUUGGCCAUGAGGAGACGCAGCGCGAACGGCGGCGGCAGUCCCGCCCUUCUUCCGGUGGUUUGCAGUGAAGAUGAUUUUGGUGGCGUGGGGGUGGAGGAGGAUCUGGACGAGGACACCGCGAUGUACGGCGGAGGCGCAGGGGAGAAGAAGCGCCGGCUGAACGGGGAGCAGGUGCGCGCGCUGGAGCGGAGCUUCGAGAAGGACACCCGGCUGGAUCCGGAGCACAAGGAGCGGCUGGCGCGCGACCUCGGCCUGCAGCCCCGCCAGGUCUCCGUCUGGUUCCAGAACCGCCGCGCGCGCUGGAAGACCAAGCAGCUCGAGCGCGACUACGCCGCGCUCCGCCAGUCCUUCGACGCGCUCCGCGCCGACCACGACGCCCUCCGCCGCGACAAGGACGGCCUCCUCGCCGAGAUCAAGGAGCUGAAGGCGAAGCUCGGGGACGACGUCGGCGCUGCGGCGAGCUUCUCGACGGCGAAGGAGGACCAGGCGGCGUCCGGCGUCGAGCCCGCGGCGGCGCAGGGCUCGUCCGAGAGCGACUCCAGCGAGGUGCUGAACGACGCGGAGCUGACGCCCGGCAAGCAGCAGGCCAGGGCGGCGCCAGCGGAGCCGGUGGUGCCGGGGGCAGCUGUGCUCCAGGGCGAGGGGCUCUUCGACGGGCAUCAGCUGCUGAAGGUGGAGGACGACGAGGCCGCGUUCCUGGGCGACGACGACGCGGCGUGCGGGGGCUUCUUCGCCGACGAGCAGCCGCCGUCGCUGCCGUGGUGGACGGAGCCCACGGAGCAGUGGACUUUGCACUGAGCUGAGGUAGCACCGUAGCAGGGUAGCAGGUAGCAGCCAGGGAGGAACAAUGUACCUGGGGGCGAAUAAGAAUUCAGCGAGGUGGUUUCCGCAGUUUUGCUGAAAUUAGAAAAAUGAACCUUGUAUUUUCUUGCUA